CACGCGGGCACACGGGCGGCACGUCCCCGGCGGGCCCGGUGCGUCACGGGGGCGGGCGAGGAGAACCAGGAAGUCAGCCCGGGGCCCAGGGCGGCUGCACCCGUUGGCAGAGGCGGGAGAGAGCGCGCGGCGCCCCGGCGGCAGGACCAGCCCGGGACCCGGAAGCCCCCGGUGCGCCCAGGCCGCGCGCCCCGGCCGUGCCCCUCGCCAUGCGGCCCGGCGGCGUCCGCAGCUUCGCGCUGGAGCUGGCGCGCGGCGGCGCGUACCGCGGCGGGGAGCUGCUGCGCGGCCGGGUGCUGCUGGAGGCGGCGGCGCCGCUGCGCGUGCGGGCGCUCGAGGUGGCGGCGCGCGGCGGGGCGACCACGCACUGGCUCCAGGGCCGCAGCGUGGGCAUCAACGCGGUGUCCAGCGACUUCACGGCCGUCGAGACGUACCUGCGGCGGCGGCAGCUGCUGCUCCGAGAUACUGGAGAGACCACCACGCUGCCUGCCGGGCGCCACGAGUUCCCAUUCAGCUUCCAGCUGCCUCCGACGCUGGUGACCUCAUUUGAGGGCAAACACGGCAGUGUCCGUUACUGCAUCAAGGCCACCCUGCACCGGCCCUGGGCGCCCGCCCGCCGGGCCAGGAAGGUGUUUACUGUUAUCGAACCCGUGGACAUCAACACCCCCACCCUGCUGGCCCCUCAAGCCGGAGCCCGGGAGAAGGUCGCCCGGUCCUGGUACAGUAACCGCGGCCUCGUCUCCCUCUCGGCCAAGAUCGACCGCAAGGGCUACACCCCAGGGGAGGUGAUCCCGGUGUUCGCCGAGAUCGACAACAGCUCCACGCGCCCCGUGCUGCCCCGGGCGGUGGUGGUCCAGACGCAGACCUUCAUGGCGCGCGGCGCCCGCAAGCAGAAGCACGCCGUGGUGGCCAGCCUCUCGGGCGAGCCCGUGGGCCCGGGGCGGCGGGCGCUGUGGCAGGGCCGGGCGCUCCGCAUCCCCCCGGUGGGCCCUUCCAUCCUGCACUGCCGGGUGCUGCACGUGGACUACGCCCUCAAGGUCUGCGUGGACAUCCCGGGCACCUCCAAGCUGCUCCUGGAGCUGCCGCUGGUCAUCGGCACAGUCCCCCUGCACCCUUUCGGCGGCCGCUCGUCCAGCGUGGGCAGCCAUGCCAGCUUCCUGCUGGACUGGGGACUGGGCGCCAUGCCGGAGCGGCCUGAAGCUCCGCCAGACUAUUCGGAGGUGGUGGCCGGUGACGCGGCAGCCGGGGGGCAGAGCCCCGUCCCUCUGCCUCAGGACGCCGACCUGAGCCUCGAGGGCCCCUUCUUCGCCUACAUCCAGGAGUUCCGCUACCGCCCGCCCCCCCUGUACUCCGAGGAGGACCCGAACCCCGCCUCCGAAGCCAUGAGGCCACGCAGCAUGACCUGCUGAGUGUGAGGACGCGGAUACCUCAGGGAUGAGUUUGCACAUGCGCUUCCAGCCUCCGUGGACAUGGGGCGUGGCUGGGCUGAGAGACAUGCCUGCCUGCGGUGGAAGUUGGGGAAAUCAAGUCUCAGAACGGAGGCAAGGCUGUUCCCAUGGGACAGAGGAAGAGCCAGUCUCUGGCAUCUGACUGAGCUGGUCCUUGUAAAAGCAUCCAACGGCUGUUGCAGGAUCCGAGUGACUGUGCGAGCUGUCUGUGCUGGCCUGUGGACCGGGCCGGGUUCCCCAGGAGCCUCCCGUCUGGGAGAGACACAGCCGGGCACAGACACUUCCAGUCCGGUGGGACCAGAGGAAGGCCUGAGAGAGUCCGGGGAGAAAUCCGGGAAGGCUUCCUGGAGGAAAGGGCGUUUUAGCCGAAGCUUUGGCAUUGUGAAUAAGCUCAGGAGACAGGCAAGCAAGAGAGGGGAGAAGUCAGACAAGGAGAGAGCUCAGGGAAGCUUGGAACCGGGACUCGGAGGGCAGGUGCUUCCGCUGAGGUCACACUGCAAGGUCCAGCAGGCGCGAGGGCCCAGGGGUGAGUCACUCAGGGAAGCAGGUCCUGGGAGCUACGGGGACCUGUGGUUCUCAGGGGCAGGGCUCCAGCCUUUGAAGCCUCUGAAAGCUGGAGAUUGUGCCCCAGGCUAAGACCACCCGAGGGCUUCUCAGACACAGAGCUGGGUGGCCGGGAGACCCAGGCUCCCAGCGGGACAGACAGGACCUGCCACAUAACUUGCUCAUGAAAAUGUGGGGGCCUUCUCCAGGGAAUAUUAAGAAUUUCACGAUAAUGACAGCAGAGCAUUCACCAGGCCCUGGGACAGAGGGCAGGCUGGGGUGACACAGCGGGCCAGUGUGCUUCUGGAGACCCCGUGUUCAGAGGGACAAAGCAGGAGGGAGUGGCUGGAUAGGCCUGGCCUUGGCUGGGGCAGAGUCCCCGCCUGGGUCUCAGCAUUCCUAAGCCUUAACUUGUUCUCUUUUGUACAAUUUUUUUUUUUUUUUAAAUAAAAGUGUGGAGGAAG